AUGUUGCAUAAGGUAUUUAUUUUCUCAAUUUUCUUCACCUUGGGUCAUGCAGGGUACGAAUCUAAAACUCCUGGACUUGGUGCGUAUGCCAAACACACCAUAGCAAAGUAUGCAAAGAGACCUGGCCAGUUACCAUCAAGAAUACCAACGAAUAAAAUAAAAUUUCCCCAAAAAUAUUACCCUUUAGAAUACACUUCUACUUAUGUCCAAUCAACUGCAUCUCCCUAUAGAGAUAAUUUUCAGAGUGAAGUUCAAAAUUAUCCACAGACUCCAAGUCAAUAUCAAUAUGGGUAUACCGUUAAUGACCCUCAUUCAGGGGACAGCAAAAACAUCCAAGAAACCCGUGAUGGGGAUAUGGUACGUGGUUUCUAUUCCCUAAUCGAUGCUGAUGGCACCAAAAGAAUUGUGGAAUAUACUGCAGAUUCAAAAAAUGGAUUUAAUGCAGUGGUAAGGAGAGAACCUUUACAACACUUUUAG